AAAAAAAAGAAUUUCAUUGAAUUAUUGUAAUCAUCUUUAUAUAGUUUAGAAAAUCCCAUUUAUGUGUCGUCACCACUGAACCAAAUGACAACUGCUUUUCCAUUAUUGAAUUCCCUCUAAAUUUCCCUUAGCUCACAUAAUACGCCAUCCCCCAUCAUUAGUAUGCAAAUUUGAUUCCAAAUACAGAGAAAAAAUCGAAGAGAGAGAAGAGGGUAUUUACACCUACAUCUCUAGCUAUAGGCUAUAUAGGUGAAAUUUGUGAGGAUUUUGGGGAGCUUUUAACAUGGCGGAUGGCCAACUACCACCAUAUCUUAUGAGGUACGAGCAGCUAAGCUUUUGUUGAAUAAACAAAAAGGACCAAUAGAAAUAACUUACAAUAUUUAUACUAUCCAGCAAGUUACUGCUAUUACUAUUAUUAUUAUUAUUAUUAUUGAUUGUGUCGGUGCUUUCAACAUAUUUCCUUUUCUUUUGAGGAGUCUUUUAUUAGAAAUAAUAAUUAUAAUUAUAAAAAAAAAAUGCUUUUAAGAAAAUCAACGUAGAGUAGCCACAACCGCUACCACAAUAACCUUUUUCUUCAUUCACUUCCAGCUUUUGCCUUUUCAUGGGUAUUCUUUCUCUCUCUCCCAGUUUAGCUCUAGAUUACAGGGAAACAAAAAUUUUGUAAUUCAGUCCCUGUAAUUUCACAUAAUAAUAAUUACACAGUCAAAGAUGGAGAUAGGUGGUGGGGGUCAAAGUGGAGUUGCUGCAAAUUCAGGGGUUUGUUGUGGUGGGAAGAGAAAGAACGAAAAGCCCUAUAAAGGGAUUCGUAUGAGGAAGUGGGGAAAAUGGGUUGCAGAAAUUAGAGAACCCAACAAGCGUUCGAGGAUUUGGUUGGGUUCGUAUUCAACGCCGGUGGCUGCGGCGCGGGCUUAUGAUACGGCGGUCUAUUAUCUAAGAGGCCCUUCGGCCCGAUUGAAUUUUCCUGAGUUGUUAGUUGGUGAUGGUGGGCUUAAUGAUUUGUCUGCUGCUUCGAUUCGUAAAAAAGCCAUAGAAGUUGGUGCUCAAGUAGAUGCUGUACAGAACUCGCUUGCAACCCAUCAUAACCAUACAGAGGAAAAGGUGCACUCUGAGACGGCAAGCCCCUCAGAAUUGAAGCCUUGUUGGUUUCAAGAGAAGCCCGAUUUAAACUUGAAGCCCGAGCCCGAAGAUCCAGAAGUGGAUUACUGGUAAUAUUUAGUUAAUAUCGAUAUUACCAAUAACAGUAUCUGUACUAGUGUAAUUUUUAAUUAUUUUUUGGCUUUUUCUUGGUUGGGGGAAGAGGAAGUGCUUUGGUAAGAAUACAAGCGCCGCUCCAGGUUGUGUAGCUUGGUAGCCUAGGAUUGUUAUAUUCUUAAAAAAAAACUAUCACCUCUUUCUUUCUUUAAUUUUACUUUAUUUUUAAGAACAAAUUAUCAGCUGAACAGUUUUGAUGUUGUAAGAUGUAAAGGGGGUUUGUGUUAUUAUUUUGUCUAAUCGCAAUUCUGUUUGUAC